AUCGACGAAGAAGACGAAGCGGAACGAAAGUGUCGGUUCUUGUUUUCACCGGUCUACAAAACAGGGCGUGCAGGCGGUUUGCUUCAAAACAUUAUGGCGUCGAGACGAAAAACAACAGUGCCAAGUACUUUAAAAAGUGUCUCGACUGACGCUAAAAGCUCGAAAAGUGGGAGCAAUGCUAAUAAAGCGAACAGCAAUGGAGCUGGGAAGAAAAGUGUCAAACCAACUGGGACUAUUGUCAAGUCUCGCUAUAUGCAGGCUGCUGAGAAGACAUCUCUUUCAAAGAGUAACUCGCUGACAAAUGAGUCUAUUGCUGCACCGCCGCGGCCUUCCUCACCUAAACCCAGUGGUGUCAAACCAAAGGUGGGCACUCCACCAAGACGUACAAUGGCACCACAGGCUCUGGCAGCAUCAAGGAUGUCAAGUGACACUGAACCUUCACUGCUUGGGAGAAGUAUUCUACAGUCCACUUUCUCAGAUGGACACUUCCAUCGACCAGAUUUUGAUAUUUCAGUUAUUAAAGAAAAAACAGUGAUUGAAAAAGCAGGUGAACCUGAGAGAAAUCCAGAGAAUGACAAGAGGCUAAUUGAGAUGAAUACAUUCCUUCUGGCCUACCUCACAGCUAAAAUGGAGAGCAAUACUAUGAAGCUCAAGGCCGAGGCUGAAGCGAGGAUCCUGCAGGAGAUGGAGGAAGAAGAGGCGUUGCAUAAUGAGGUUCAGGAGAAGAAGCGCCAACACCUCCUCAUGGAGAAGGAAAGGCUAGUGAAUGAGAUGCUGGAUUUGCAGAUUGCGGCACUGACCCCUGUGGCUGAAGCUGCCAAGCAGUUCACAAAGGACUACAAGUGUUUUGCCACAGCUGUUGACACCACCCGACAUGAGCUGCCUGUCAAGAAUUUCUACAUUGAUGGAGACAGAAAGGAAUUUCUAGAUAAAGCUGAGGCUUGCCUGAGGGAGAGUGAGAAGUUGCUGGUGGAGUGCACAGAGGGCGAUUAUAAAGACAACAGCACCUGUCUCGAGUGCCUAAGGGACAUGAAAAUGGCAUCAAAGGACAUCAGUCAGCAAGUAUCGGGGGCAUUUUCAGAGCUGCUGGCGAUGUCAUCGUUGGUCUGCCGCCACACAAUCCAAGUCCAGCAGUCCGCAGAGGAAGAACGACUUGGUGCUGCCAGAACCCAAGAGCUCUAUUGCCCCAAACAGUGACAGAUUAUCAUACAGCAUGGGAUACACAGUACAUGCACUUUCCAUACCCCUCCACCCCAGAGAUCCCCUAUUUUGGAUUUAUUUGUGCCAUUUUUGUUGUUUUUUAUGUAUUCUGUGUGAAUUGUUUUCAGUGUCUCUAUUAUGAAAUAUUGCAAAUGUUGAACGACUGAUACUUUUUUGUAGCUGCAAUGUUGUUAAUAAAAUACAAUAAAAAAUAAUGAAAAUAUAAAUAAUCCUUCAA